UUAGAUUAUGAAGCAAUCAUGGUCUAAGUUUGUAAUGCCAGAUAGAUAAAAAAGAGAUGAAGUUUUACAUGUGAUCAAUUACUUUAAGGGUGUGAUAAUUAUGCAAACAUAUCUGACCCAGAAUGAAGAAUAUGGAGCAAGCAAGACCAUGUUACUGGCUAUAAACACUCUGGCAAUGUCGCAUAAAUGAAGCUGUCCUCAAAUGUCUAAAGUUAAGAGCAUGUGAACAUCAUCAUCAGUAUCACUAUCAUGGAUUUGGAAAGCUGAGCAUGGGCAACGAAAUGGGUAAUAACAACACAUCUGCUAUCAAAGAGGAAGAUAACUUAGGUGAAGCGGAGAAAAAUGGUUUCCAAGACGAUACUAAUGAAACAUCUAUAGCCAAAGAUGUUGCGGAAAAAGCUUCAAUUGAUAUAACAAAUGAGCCAGGGAAAGAUACAUGGCAGGAUGAAGGUCAUGCAGAAGAUGUAAAAGGGAAAGCUCAAACAAUUACAACAGAUGAAGCCAAAGAUGAAGACUCUCAAGAUAAAACUAUAGGCUUUGCUUCUAACCAUACAACAACAGUGCUUGAAAAUGAUUCAAUGAAAGGAGAUACUCAUGCAAGUGAUGUAAAUAUGGAAAAUCAAACUCCUCCAACAGCUGAAGCUGAAGUUGUUCGGGAGAAAGGUGCGGCAGCACUGGCUUCCGAAGAUGCAACAACUGAACUUGGAAAAGUUACACUGCAAGAAGAUAGUCAAGGUGAUCGUAUGAAAGAAAACAUGAAAAUGCUUCCAUCGGAUGAAGACAAAGAUGUUCAGGAGGAAGAAGCCGAAGCUUUUCAGGAUGAAGUCACAGGGCUAAAUUCUAACAAUACGGAAAGCAGGCUUAAAAAUGAUUUGUUGGAAGAAGAUACUUGCAAAAGUGACUUGAAUAUGGAAAAUAAAAUACAUCAACCAACUGCUGAAGUCGAGGAUGUUCAGGAGAAGACUACAGGAAUGACUUCCUACUAUUCUAGAAGUUCACUUGAAAAUAAUAAAUAUGAAGGAGACCCUGAGGAUGAUGUUAAUGCAAAUCAUCAAAAGCACAAAACAGUUGAAGAGAAAUUAGAUCAACUACACAUAGAAACAAGCCUGGAUUUUGAUGAUGAAACAAGUGAAUUUGAUGAUAAAACUCAUGAAGAUAAACAAGAAGCUAAUGCAGUAAACCUUACUGCCAAUGGCAAAGAUGUUCAGGAAAAAUCUAUCAUCCCAGCUUCCGAUGCUGCAUUGAAGUUGACAAAUUCUUUUGAAGGUUCAGACCAGAUGUUAUCUAGUCUUUAUAAGCUUCAAGCAAUACUUAGCUUACGAACUGAUUUUGUGGAAUUGAUUUUGGUGAGUCCAAGUUUUAAGAUGAUAUUUAAGUCUAUCCAAANCGAUCAACUACACAUAGAAACAAGCCUGGAUUUUGAUGAUGAAACAAGUGAAUUUGAUGAUAAAACUCAUGAAGAUAAACAAGAAGCUAAUGCAGUAAACCUUACUGCCAAUGGCAAAGAUGUUCAGGAAAAAUCUAUCAUCCCAGCUUCCGAUGCUGCAUUGAAGUUGACAAAUUCUUUUGAAGGUUCAGGAGAUGAAAUAACUGAAGUCAGACAACCUGAAAAGUCUCCAAGCGAUGGAUCAGUUGAAGCUAAAGGUGGAAAGUCUGAGAGCUUGUCAAGUUUUUCUUUGGAAGGCACUGAAGAAUAUGAGAAGCAAGAGGCGUGCUUCAGAGAACACUGGAUAGAAACAUGUAAUCAUCACCUUAAUAAUAAGCCUUCAAUCCAACAAGGGGAUGAAAUAACUGAAGUCGGACAACCUGAAAUGUCUCUAAUUGAUAGAUCAGUUGUAACUGAAGGUGGAAACUUGGAGAUCUUGUCAAGUUCUUCAUUGGAAGACACUCAAGAAUAUGUGAAGCAAGAAGAGACACGCAUGAGAGAACACAUGUUAGUAACAGAUAAUCAUGACCUCAAUAGUGAUCCUUCAAUCUUACAAGGGGAUGAAAUAUCUGAUUUCAGACAACCUGAAAAGUCUCCAAAUGAUGAAGCGGUUGAAGCUAAAGAUGGAAACUCUGAGAGUUUUUCAUCGUUUGAAGACACUGAAGAAUAUGAAAAGCAAGAAGAAACCUGCUUGAGAGAACAAUUGUUGGUGGCAUAUAGCCAUCACCUUCAUAAUGAGCCUUCAACUGAACAAGGGGAUGAAGUAACCGAAGUCAGUCAACCUGACACUUCAAACGAUGGAUCAUUUGAAGCUGAAGCUGGAAACUUUGAGAUCUUGUCAAGUUCUUCACUAGAAGGCACUGAAGAAUACGAGAAGCAAGAAGAGUCAUGCUUGAGAGAAGAAAUAUUACUAACACAUAAUCAUCAGCUUAAUAAUGAGCCUCCAAUCCAACAAGCAGAUGUAGAGGAAUCAACGGUUUUAACAUUGAGUGCUGUGAACAUGUCAAACAAUAUAGAGAUUCAAGAAUCAAGUGGACAUUCUGACAAUGAUGAGCCAGACAAAUUUCUCUCCCAACAAUCAUUUCUAGGCACAGACUCACUCCUAGAAGAUAAUUUGUUGGAUACUAAUUCUCACUCUGAGCAUAUUAAGAAUGAUGGCUUAGCUAAAGAAAUGAAAUCCCAUGUAGAAUUAUGUACUGACAUGUUGGAUACUACAUCUGAUUCCCUAAGUAUUGACACCACCACCAAUGGUAAUUCAUUGACCAAAGUAAAUUAUACUACUGAGGAUUCCCACAACUCACCUCUUGAAUCUUCCGUUGUGGUUAGUCCAAUUGAAUUUGACCAUGAGGAAAAUUGCAAGGUACCAUAUGGAAAAAGUAUAUUAAGCAGAAGUGGAUCAAUGGAGAAUUCACAUGAUUGCAAUUCAGAUCAAUGCAUCAAAUAUUCAUUGAAGGAAUACAACAUGGUGUAUAUAUGUGAUGUGUCAAUAGAGUCUAAUGGGGACUGCAAUGGAGAGAGAAAUAUGUUACUUGAUUCUGAUGUCUUCAGGCUUGCCACUAAUGAUCAAGUUGAAGAAUCUAAAGUCACCGAGAAUGGAGUACCAUUUGAUGCUUAUAUUAACAACUCCAACAAGGCUUCAGAGGAAAGUGGUGCUACUUCAGAAGAAAAACAUUCUGCGGUUCCUGAAGCCAAAAGGGUUUCUCUUAUUGAAGGUUUAGCUGAUGUUGAUUGCAGACAUGAUGAAGGAAACGAGAAUAAAAUUGAAGAAAUGAAUGAAAAGCCAGAAGUUUCAAAUGUCAUGAUAAAUACUUUUGAGGGGACUGAAAUGUCAGAACAGUGCAAUUGUGAUCUGGUAACUAUAAAUCAGGAAGAAUCUUUUCCCUUGCAAAAUAAUUCCUCUUUGUUGCAUUUGUAUGAUGACCAUCAGGACAAUGUAAAGCAAGACAGAAGUUUUACUGCUACCAGCAUGCCAAACUUAGGUUGGAAGCAAACAAACAAGACCAAAAACUCUGGCCACACCAUUGACAACUCUAAUUCUUCUGAGUUAACAGUUCCAUCUCUGGACUUGGAUAAUAAAGAAGCAUUUGAGAAAGAAGAUAAAGAAGAUCCAGAACAUGCAGAAGCAGAACUAACAACUUCUACAGCUACCAUGUCCAUUGUUGAACCAUAUUCAAACAAGUCCAUUGAAAAUGGUGCAAAUGAAACAAAGGAAAGUAUAACAAGGCCCAGUACUGAAUCAAACCCUGACAAUCCAAACACCUCGAGUCAGAUGCAACAAUCACCAAGCUUCAAUCACAACCUCAGAAAGGAAGCAAGGCCUGGAGAAUCAGAUAAGAUUCCACUGCUUAAUCAGAAUAAGUCUGCAAAUGAAAGCUUCUCAAAACAGAAUAGUAUGAAUCUCAUAAACUCAAUGCCUCAUUCUCAAUAUGAGCAGUGCAUGUUACACAGUGAAGAAAUGCCAGUGGAAGAGAAAAUAGUUACUAUGGAAAGAAGUUACUCUAGGAAAUCUAAAGCUCCAUUCAUAGGCCUCUUAAAAGAAGAGGAAGAAGCUCAUCUUCUAGGCAUGGCACGGACACAAGACAACCAUGCUGGCACAAGGAAUAGAGUGUCAUCUACUUCACCUAAAAAAGAUAAGCGAAAGCCUCGAUCUUCCUUCUUCAGCAGCUGCAUGUGUUGUGCAACUGUACCUUGAGAAUUACACUUACAAUUCUAUUUUACUUUUCUCCUUUGUGUUGUGAGUUUCUUUCUAAUUUAUCAAGGUUUUAAA